AUGACGGAAUUCCACGUCCUGGGGUAUUCUGAGGUCUGGGAGCUGACGCUGGUCCAUGCCCUGCUGGGGAAUCUCCUCAUCGUCACGGUCACUGCCCUGGACCGGUGCCUUCACACCCCCAUGUACUUCUUCCUCAGGCACCUGUCCAUCUUCGACUACUGCCGCAUCUCUGUUACUGUCCCCAAGUCCAUUAGUAACUCCAUGAUAAGCAGUAGAUCUAUUUCCUCGGCUGGAUGCCGUCUUCAGGUCCUCUUCUUUACCUUGUGCGGCUGUUCAGAGGUGGGCAUCCUCACGGCGAUCGGGCAACUCAUGGGGAUCCUUCAUUUUUCUAAUAUCUUCUUCCUACCCUUCUGUGUCCCCGUGGUGAUCCGCUAUUUCUUCUGCGAUGUCCCUCAGGUAUUAAAGCUCAUCCGCCCUGGAGACACAUCGGGAGAAAUGUCAUCCACAGAGGGCCGAGCCAAGGCGUUUUCCACCUUCCUGCCCCACCUCGUCGUCAUCAUCUUGUUCCUUUCUUCCGGUGAGUUUGAAUACCUCAAUCCAGUUCCUGAUUCCCCUUCUCUUGCAGACUUCCUCCUCCUCAUGUUCUAUGCUGUAGUAACCCCGACUCUGAACCCUGUCAUUUAUAGCCUGAGGAAUAGGGACAUAAAGACUGCCCUGGGAAUGACUACAGAUAAAAUGCUAGAAGAUGACCCCUCCGUUUGGAAGGCACUCAACGAACUGCUAGGGAUGAGCAGACAACGUGUCAGGGUAUCAUGA